CAGCUUAUUUCUAAUAGCAAAAGUUGGCAUGUGCUAGUUGAAAAUGUUACAAUGUUUACAAGAGACAGACAGACAGACAGACAGCGGCGCUCACGUGCUCUCAGUCUAGCACGUGCCGCUCAGUAAACGACACGAUCUCAACAAACAGUAGCGCGUGCCUGACCCUUGUGACCUUGCGACGACCUCGGUCAAGCGUGGGCCAGGGGUUCGUCGCCCCAGACAGACCACAUUCCUGUCUGGAGUGUGCUAUAAAUAGCUCGGGGUGAAGAUGGGUGACACACACCUUCCUCAAACCGGACAUGAUGCAGUCCUCCUCUCUGACCGAGCGCGAGAAGAGCAUCCCCGCAGCUGACGGCUGUUUCCUGAUGUGGCGGGACUACAUGGACCUCCGCAGGACCCUGUCGCAGCUGCUGGAGCAUCGCGACGGAGCACAAGCCGCAGAUGUCAGCGAGACGCCCGCGGAGGGUUUCGUGAGAGCCGGCUCCAGCAGCAGCGUCUCCAGCACCUCCGCCUCCUCCAGCCGCGACCUGCGGACCCCGCGGGACUCCUGUGGAUUCUGCCGACAAAACGGAGAGACGCCGGUGGUGUACAUGAGUCACAGACUGAAAGCCCGAGACGGACGGAUCCUCUGCCCGAUCCUGAGGAGCUACGUGUGUCCGUUCUGCUCCGCCACCGGAGACUGGGCGCACACCCGCCACUACUGUCCGCGGAGAAACACACCGGAGACCGGCGACGCGUGAAUCAAUGGACUCUGUCAACACUGUACGUCUGUGUUUCGACGUUUGUUGUGAAAAUGUGUUCAAAAAAGUUGUUUACAUGUUAAAAACGUGGUUGAAACGUGUUUUUAUGGUUCAUUUCAAAAUAAAAAUAUUUUUCUA